AUGGAAUUGAGAUAUAGGCUUAUACUAAUGACAGUAUUUCUUGCACUUCUUUAUUUCCUUUGUAGUUUGAUAGUGCUAUUAGGGUUAUAUUUUAAAGGUACAAACAUUUCCUUAAGUGAAAUACUAUCUUCCUAGCUUUAUACUCAAACUUCAUUAGUAAUAUUGAAAUUUUGAUUUAGAACUCUAUCCGAUUUACGAGAUUUUAUUAUGGUAGAUCUAUUAGACCAGAUAUUAAUUCACUAUAUGGUAUAUCUAAUCUUAUAGAUUCCAUCAAUAAAUUUUAAUAAUUAAAAGAAAAUGAACUUGAUUAAGUACUUUGGCACUUUUAAUUAGCUACAAGUGUAUAAUAAUUGAAACAACAAUAUCCAAACUAAUUUUCAACCUUAUUAUUAUAUUCAUCACUUACUAGAGUUAUAAAAAUCUAUACUGAAAAUUAAAUAUUUGAAGAAGUUCAUUUAUUAUGUUAAAAUGGUUUGGGAAUUACAUUUCAAAGUAAAAAUUAAUCAAUAUCUAAUGAAUGGUAUUAAUAAUAAAUUCAAAAUUGUAAAACAUCAGAUAAUUGUGAAUCUUUUUUAAAUCAAUUUUCUUCUCAUAUUGUUUUUCCUAAAAUUGAUUAAAAUAAUGAAAUUUGGAGAUUAAAUGUUGGAAAUCAAAGUCAUUUUUGUAAUCUUUAAAUUCAGACUAAAAUUAGUAUUCCAAUAAUAAUAGAUUCAAAUUAACCAAUUAUUUAUUCACUUCUUACAAAUGGAUAAUUAAAUGUUAUAUAAGAUGGUAAACUUAUAAAUGGAACUUUGGAAAGUGCUUUAUAAUUAUGGCCUAAUUAAACUGAAGAAUUUUAAAAUUAAUUGUAUUAAUUAAUAAGUGUUCCAAUUUAAUAGAGAGAAUGGAAAAUGUUAUAUGAUGGAAUGGAUGAAUAAAGAAUUGUAUUUUUCUAAUCCUAUUAUUUUACACAUCCAAAUUAUCCAUAAAUUGAUUUAACUGAACAAUUAUUGAAAAAGUGUUCAGUUGUUUUUCUAUAUUCUAUGUCACUAUCAGAUUACUAUUAAAUAUCUGGAGAAAAUAGUCUAGCAAAAUCAACACUUAUUAAUUAAAUAGUUAUAGGUUGUGCUAUUCAUAUUGUCUUAUUAUUAUAUUUUUGGAGAAAAGGAGUUGUUUUAGCUUUAUCUUUAGAAAUGCCAAUCAAUCAAUUAAUUAAAUUAACUGAUGUAGAUAUGAAAUAUUUAGAAAUUUAGGAUUUUAACUUAUAAAGCUAUUCAAAUUUAUUUUACAAUCAAGAAAUUAGAUAAUCUUAUGAAGUCAUAAUUAAUCUAUUAAAUAGUAUAAAGUAUUCAAACAAUAAAUUGUUAUAAGAAUCAUAAGAAAUAAAUGAAGCUGAAGCCCUUAUCAUUUUGAGUAUGUCUAAGAGUUUUUAUAAAAAAUAUAACAAUAAUCCUGCUGUUGGAAUAUGUGCUAAUAAUAUUGCAAGAAUUCAUAUGAAAAAUUAAAGAUAUCUUGAAGCUAUGAAUGAAUAAGAAGAAUCUGUCUUAAUUGCAAAUCAAGAUUUAUAAAGUCUCAUUGAAAUGCAAAAAUAUGCUAAUUAAGCAGCUUAAACAUAAGAUGAUUAAUAACUUAUGAAAUUAUAUCUUCGAUUAAAAAAUAAUGUGUUAUAAAAGUUUUAGAGAUAAGAUGAUUAAGUGAUGAAAAGUGUAAUAAAAGAUAUUGAAAAAAAAACUAAAGUUAUUUAAAAUGCAUAACCUAAUUUAUCUAGAGGACAAACUAUAUAAAAAUCUAGACAUUUCAUUGAAACUUCAUAAAUGAAAAGUUAACCAGAAUUUGAAACACGUAUUUUGAGAUAAACAAUAAAUUAAAUAAAGAAUAUAACUUAAGAAGAUUAAUAAAUUAAACACUAAAAUUCAGAACUAUUAGAACCUAUAGAUAGUCCAAGGAGAUCCUCUCCAAGAAAAUCAUCACCUAUAUCAAAAGCAUAUUUAGAUGAGGAAUUUCUUUAAAAGAAAUAAAUCCUAGAAUAUAAGAUUGCAUUUAGAAAGUAUUAAUUAGCUUGUAUACUUUUUAAUUAUAGUAUGUCUAAAACAUAAUCUACAUUUUUGAAUGAAAGUGUUAAAUAAUUCAAUGAUGUAAUGGAUGAUUUAUAAAAUUUACCUGAUUCUUUUUCAAUUCAAUACAUGAAAAUUAAUAUAUACAUAAAAAAGGCAUUUUGUUUUGUUAAGGCAAAAAUUAUGGAAAAGGCUUAUUAAGAAUUAAAAGAAGCUUAAAAUAAGUUUGCUAUUCUCAAAUCAAUAAAAGAAGAUAUUAAAUAAUUAGAUUCAAAAGAAUUUGUAGAUAUCUUUAGAGAUAUACCUCUAGAAAUCCUAUAAGAGAAAAUAUAUGGCUUAGAAGUAAGUUGAAUUAAUAUAAUAGGCUUUAAUCUUGAUGAUUAAUGAAGAUUAUUUUUAGGCUUCAUAAAAGUUUGUAUCUAUUUUAAAAGCAGAUGGUUACUAUGAUCCUGGAUUAUAAAAAUUAGUUUUAAAAUCUUUAAUAAAGAUUUUUAAGAAAUGUUAAAUCGAUAUUGAUUGUUUAAUAAAGUUUUCUUAAUAAAAUUAACCUAAAAAACUUGAAUUUAUCUUUUUAAUAGAUUAUUCAUCAGAAAUGACUAAUGAGUAAAUUACUUUGUCUCAUUCUAUGUGUAAAUAUGUAAUUUAAAAAUUGGAUGAAGAUGCUGAAGUUGCAUUAUAUGCAUUUAAUGAAUCACUUCAUGAAAUAUUUUCAUUAUAAGUGAAAGGUACUUAUAAAAAAUUACUUGAAUCAAUUAUUGAUAAAACAUUAAUAAAACCUGGAGGAUAAGCUAAUAUAUUUUCUGUUUUAGAAAUUGUAAUAGCAAUUUUAUUUGAGAAAGAUAAACUUGAAUAGAGAAAGUAAUUAGCUUUACACUUAAAAUCCAAUAAGAUUAAAUAGUAAAUAGAGUAGGAAGAAUUUAGAUUUUCAGAUGUUGAAUUUAGAGGAUUUUCUAAUUCUUCUAAAAAUGGUAAGACCUUUUCAUAAGGAUUUAGUUAAAUAAUAAAAGAUGGUGAUGAAUUAUCAGAAAAUAAUAGUUUACAUGAAAAUAUGGUAUGAUAUAAUUUAAUAUGGGUAGAAUUAAUAUAAAGUUGAUAUAGAUAUGAUAAAUGAAGAGAAAGAUGAUUAAGUUCUUAGAUAUGUUUGUGUAUUUAGUGAAGGAGUAAGAAAUUACAAUUAAAUGUCUAUCAAUAGACUUCAAAGUUUAAUUAAGAAAAAGAAUAUACAUCUAUUAAUUUUUAACAUCGCCAAUCAAAAUAUGAAUAUGUUGUAUUUAAAAUAAUUAGCUAAUGUCUCUGAAGAGAGCAAGUUCUUUACUAAUGAAAGGGAUAUUGAGACUUUCUUUUAAUAAUUGAAGAGAAAUGAUUUCAAUAAAAGAGUGUAUCUAGAAUUUUUUUGA